AUGGACACUCGCGCUCGAUAUGGUGCUGCGCUGGGCAACAAGAUUGGGAUGUGGAGCGAGCUGGUCUUCAACUUCAUAACAGCCGCCGGCUGCUUGCUACUGGGAGUUAUUGACAGCAUUGAGUCAGUCCUUGGAGCGACGGAAGUUCUCGUCCCGAUAUUCGUGGUCGUGUUGUUUGUCGUGUUCAUGCUCGUCUGGACAUAUGCAAGCCUCGCCUUUGCCACGUCCCACGACGAAGCCAGGUCCGUAAACAAUAUCGGUCAAUUUCUCCGAUGGUUGGCCUUCGGAGCGUUUGGUGGAUUGGCUACCGCUACGCCGGCAUUUAUCCUCCUUCAGAAUGCCCGAACACACCUGGGUCCAACCUUGGAGCCUAUAUGA